CUCAAUCCCAUUGCAUCUGCCAUCCUACCAACUCGAAGCGCCGUCUAGCUUCCCACACCUCAGUCGUCUUCCACCCAACCUUCACAUCUCUCCAUCACAUGCAGGACUCCAGGUUCUUCGCCUAACUUGCUACCUGUCACCUGCCACGGAGCUCAACUUCAACUGCUCCCUUUUCCUGGCUUCGAUGCACUCUGACCCUUUUGGUUGACAGACGGUUCUUGACCUUGUUCGAUCUCGCCCCAGAUGGACUUUGAGCAGCUCUCCAUCAACGAACGCAAGAUCAUCGUCGGCAUCGAUUUUGGCACCACCUACUCGGGCGUGGCCUGGGCCGAGACACAGAGACCUGAUCGCCGAGUCGCCAUAACAGCCUGGCCCAUAUCCAGGACAAACCGCGAGGCAGAGUCCUCGGACAAAGUCCCUACCAAGCUCCGCUACAAUGGUGACAGUGUAGAAUGGGGCUUCUCAAUCCCCGUCCAUGCGGCGCCUGACCAAAUCAUCGAGUGGUUCAAGCUCGACCUUGAUCCGUCCCUGCAGUCAAUGGGUGCGGCUGUAAAAGGUGCUGCCGCCCGCGGCGGUCGCAAUGUCGAUCAGCUCGUCACCGACUAUAUAUCAGCCCUUGGAGACCAUCUCAUGUACACGCUGCGAGAGAAGCUGGGAGAAGGAGUCGUAAAGAGCACCCCGCUCGAGUUUGUUGUCACCGUUCCCGCCAUCUGGAGCGAUCUGGCCAAGGACAAGACCAAGCAAGCCUGCCAACGAGCGGCUGGGCUUUCGGCUUACAAGUUCCCCAUCCACCUCAUUUCCGAGCCCGAGGCGGCAGCCAUCUAUGCUCUCCACGGUCUCGACCCCCAUGGCCUCCAGAUUGGUGACAGCUUCGUAAUCUGUGACGCCGGCGGUGGCACCGUCGACCUCAUCUCCUACACCAUCACGGCCCUCAAGCCUAUUCUAGAGGUCCAGGAAGCCACUCCCGGAACAGGGGCACUCUGUGGCUCUACAUUUCUCAACAUGAGGUUUGCCAAGUUUCUCAAGGCCAAGCUAGGGAAUGAAGAUGGGUUCGACGACGAGGUUCUUGCCGAUGCAAUGGAGAAAUUCGAAAAGACUGUCAAACGGUCAUUCUCGCUGGAUGCGCGCCCUGACGAGACAUUUACCAUCCCAGUCGGUGGUCUGGCAAACAACAGGGAGCUGGGCAUUAGCCGCGGCCGCUAUGCGCUCAAAGCUUCUGACGUGCAGGUCAUCUUCGAACCGGUCAUACAAGAGGUCAUCAAGCUGGUCAAGGAACAGAUCUCGUCAAGUAAGGUCCCAAUCAAGGCAGUUUUGCUGGUGGGCGGGUUCGGCGCGUCCAGCUACCUCAAAGAACGACUCCGCAACUCCAUCGACAACAAGAUCCGGAUCAUGCAACCCCCCAACGCGUGGCUUGCCGUCGUCCACGGCGCCGUUAUGAAGGGCUUGGCCCUGAGCGCACCAGAGCAGCUCACCAUGGUCAAGGUGCAAAACCGCAAGGCGCGCAAACAUUACGGCACCGAGUGGCGGACGCGGUACGACGACAAACUACACCACCAUCUCCGAAACAAGAAGCACUGGUGCGGGCUCGACGGCUGUUGGAAGGUGUACACCAUGGAGUGGUUCAUCAAGAAAGGGGACACCGUGUCCGAAAACGAGCCCUUCUUCACCAACUUUGUUUGGACCGGGCCGGUGAGCCAGGGGAGGAUCAGGAAAAUCAAGAUGGACAUAUACGCCGACCGCACCGCCCGGGACGCGCCAAUAGCAAAGGACGAGAACGUCCAGCUGGUGUGCCAUGUCGAGGCCGAUGUCAGCCAUAUACCAGAGGGCAUGCUGCAAAGGCGUAAGGGUACUGACGGGCAGUGGUAUUACGAAUUGAAUUGCAAGAUUGAAGCCGUCUAUCUGUCUGCAUCAACGCAGUACACGUUGCUGUACAAUGGCCAGCGAUACAACUCGGUCACUGCCGAGUAUGUCUGACUUGUUGGGUAUCGAAGGGAAGAACAUAAAUGCUCGAAUUUGAGCCUUGCUUUUGCUGGGGUGUUACAGUGUUUGGGCGAGGAGGGGUUGGCCAUUACAGCAUGCUUCUGGGCGGUGAUUUAUCGCGCCCGGGUUGAUUGCAUGCUGCUCAGGGCAGCAUGGCACUAUUGAGUGUUUCUUUUCGGCAAGAUAUACACAACAAAAACAUGUAAUCGUUGCAUGACUUGAGGUCCCUACCACAUAAGCCAUGCCUUAACUCACUCACCUAACCGCCGAAGGCACGUUGCAGGUUUUGGUCACUGUAAACAGAACAUAUAACAGCAACCGCAGGCUUCCAUGUACUCUACACAUUGCAUGCUACCAUGCAAAAUCGGUGAGAAGAUCUCUGCUAAGCAGCUGGAAGAGAGGAGCAUGUUGAUCCUAAGGCCAUCGCGUGUACCCCCUACCGAGCAA